UCAGCCCUCAAGCUGGACUUAGAGGAGAAGCUGUUUGGGCAACAUCUGGCCACAGAGGUGAUCCUCAAAGCCCUGGCUGGCUUCCGGAACAACAAAAAUCCCAAGAAACCGCUGAGCCUUUCUUUGCACGGCUGGGCGGGCACAGGCAAGAAUUUUGUCAGCCAAAUUGUAACAGAGCAUCUUCACUCGAAAGGCUUGAAGAGCAACUUUGUACACCUGUUCGUAUCGACUCUGCACUUCCCUCACGAGACGAAGAUAAAACUGUACCAGGACCAGUUGCAGAAGUGGAUCCGGGGUAACGUGACCGCAUGCGCCAGUUCUGUUUUCAUAUUUGACGAGAUGGAUAAAUUGCACCCCGGGCUCAUCGAUGCCAUCAAGCCGUUUCUGGACUACUACGAGCAGAUCGACGGGGUGUCCUACCGGAAGGCCAUCUUCAUCUUCCUCAGGUCAGCAAGGGGGGCUGGUGGCCUGUGGCACAGUGGCCUGAUAGACAAAAACCUCAUCGACUACUACAUCCCCUUCCUGCCGCUGGAGUACCGGCACGUGAAGAUGUGUGUGCGGGCAGAAAUGAAGGCCCGCGGCAUGACCGUCGAUGAAGACGUCGUCACCAGGGUGGCCGAGGAAAUGACAUUCUUCCCGAAAGACGAGAAAAUCUACUCGGACAAGGGCUGCAAGACUGUGCAGUCCCGGCUCGAUUUUCACUGAGCUUUCUUUAUCCGGAUGGGAGGUGACGACAGGGAUGGGAGACCAGCAAACCAGGCCCUCCUUGCCUCGUGGAAGCACUUUGGAAUCCCUCUCUGGGGGUCUGCACAUUUUGCACAAUGGGCUUUCAGGCUCAGGGAGUUCUGAAGGAAGAGCUGGGUUUCAAAGCCACUGAUCUGCUGGACACUCUUGCCGUUUCGCAGCCUGACAGUUCCGGCUGGAACUUUGACAAAAGUGCCUUGGGUGCCACUGUGUGAGUGGAAGGUUAGGAUUGCAUUCCCCAUGCAGCACUGACCUUGGGACCUGUUGUGUUCGGGUGGAAGGGGUUCAAGGGCCGCCCUGCUGUGCCCUGGGGGGCAUUUGGGCCUCACCUGUUGAAAGCCUUCUCCUCUUCCCUCCUCCCAUCCCUCACCUCUUCUUGACAGAGGCCAUUGGCUCCCUUGUAGUGCUGGCGUUAGAAUGGGUGCAGGCAGUCUCCACCCGGGCUGUGGGCCUAUCCCCCGAGCACGAUUGGCCAAUGUGUGCGGGUGGGGGUGGGGAUGUGGGCUUUCUGGCUGCUGGUAACAGGCUGAGGCAUGGGAUGCUUACAUCCAUUUCUCCGUGGGUUCCUCCCUGGUCUUCCUUGGGCCGCACCUGCCCCUGCACUUCCCUCAGCUAGACUUUCCGGCCACACCAGGACGAGGGCCAGUCGGAGACUGCUGGCUCUGCACUCAGGGCCUCCGUCCCCACGGCGAAAGGCCCUUGGCCGUCUUUGCAUGGGACAGUGUGAAAUCUGUGGGGAGUUUGUCCUCCAGUGACCAGUGUCUGAAGCUAGGGCCUGCUUCAGUCCCCGGGUCCCACACCACCAAAGCACAGGGUGUGCCGUGUGUCUUACACAAGUGCCUGGGGUUUCAGGGCUGUGUUUUAUUUUUUUAACCUCAGUCUUACAUAAUGGAAGCAUAGGAUGUUGCUGAUUUUUAAAAAAUCUGGAUGGUUGGUUCCAUUCUCGGGGGACUCUUAAAUGGGAUGGGUUUUUAGUGUCAAUGUGUGAUUGGGAGAAGAGGCUUCAAAAAGUUUGUGGUGGGGGGAAAAAAAUCAAGGGAUGACAAGAUGGCAUUUCUCACGAACUUGUUGCAGCAGUUGUGUGGUGGCGGCUGGACCUGGUGUCAUCAGCUACAGGCGGCACCCUAUGGCUGGAUGGCCCUGCUCCUUGGGAAUAAGAUGGAUGUUUCAGCCAGCGUGAGCUGUGUCCACCCUGUAGUUGCCACAAUUGCAGGCUCAUAUUCACAACAGUGUGUGUACCCUUUCUACGGGAUUUUAUAGUAUGGAAAAUGCCUUAUACAGUAUCAAACUUAAGU